AUGCAAAUGGACGAGUGUCUUAGUGGCAAUGAAAACGCAGAGGGAGGAGGAGAGAAUUCUGUUCAGCAGCAACAGCAGCUGACGGAGCCUCUUAAUUGUAAUGGACACCUGGACAGAGGAGACGAACCAGGUGAUUCAUGUAACCGCAAGUUCAAGAAACGUGCUCUCCUAGUUGGCGUCUUCGUAGUUUUGAUCACUAUCAUCAUUGUUCUGGCUGGAGUAAAGUCUAACCCACCUUCAGUUGGCCCUGAUCCUCCAGUUGCUGCCCGCUGCUGCCCGGACGGCUGGGUCGGUUAUGGAGGGAAAUGUUACUAUUUCUCCGAGGCCGAAGGGACCUGGAACAAGAGCCAGAGCAACUGCUCCUCCUCCGGUGCCUCCCUGGCUGCGAUCGACACCCCGCAGGAAAUGGCUUUCAUCAAGCGCCAUAAAGACCUCUCUGAGCACUGGAUCGGCCUCCGGAGGGAACCGGGCCAGCCCUGGAAAUGGACCAACGGCACCGAAUUCAAUCACUGGUUUGAAGUCAGAGCACAGGGUGAGUGCGCAUAUCUGAACGAUGAAGCCGUCACCUCUUCUUGGUGCGACACGUUGCGAUACUGGAUCUGCAGCAAGCCUGCCAGACUCACGCCAAGAGAGGAGAAUGGAGCGCAAGGGCAAGCGGAGACGUCAGAGCUCACCUGA